AUGGAAUUAGUGUCAAUAAUUCAUCAACAAUUACAAUUUAUAUUAAUUAUAUGUUGUAUAACAUUGAAUGAUACACGAAUUAUACGAUUUCAUAUUGAUGAAGAAUUAAAAAUUAAUACCUAUAUUGGAAAUUUACUUAAUUAUGUCAAUGGUAGUUUAAAUAAUUUACGUUUUGUUAAAUUAUUUAAUCAUGAUGAUUAUUCUAAAUUAUUUCAUGUUGAUGAAUAUACUGGUGAUAUAAGUAAUCUAUAUAGAUUAGAUAGAGAAAAAUUAUGUCUUAUUAAUAAUCAAUUUAAUAAAGAACAAAAAUUCUAUGAACAAUCAAUGAAACAAUCAAUAAUCAAUUAUCCUAUAUUAACUAAAUGUGAAUUAUAUUUUAGUGUGAAUUGUUUAAAUACAACACCAUUAUUAAAUAUAUCAAAUCAUAUAAAAUAUAAACCGCCUGUAAGUAAUAAAUUAGUAACUAUAUUUGAUAUCAUUAUUGAAUUGAAUGAUAUUAAUGAUAAUGGUUGUCAAUUUAUUCCAUCUAAUCAACAAUUAAUUAAAAUUCGUGAAGAUUCAUUUAUUAAUGAUACACGUUUUACAUUGAAUAUACCAUAUGAUCCAGAUGAUAUGAUCAAUGGGAAUUCUGUGAAAUCAGAUCGUAUUUGGAUUAAUAAUAAUUCAAAUAUAAUAAAUAAUAAUCAAAAUAUAUUAAAUUAUUUUAAAUUACAUAGUCUUUCAUUAUUGAAUAAUAUUACAAUAUCUAAUAUAUAUUUAGAAUUAGAAUUAAUUCAAAAGUUAGAUUAUGAAAAACAACAAAGUUAUACAUUUCAAAUUAUAGCCGAUGAUGGUAUCCAAUCAAAUGAUCAUCAAUGUUAUUUGAAUGUAACUAUACUUGUAGAAGAUUGUAAUGAUCAUAUGCCAAUAUUUGAACAAUCUAUGUAUAUUGUAAAUGUAAGUGAAGAUACACCAAUAGAUCAAAUAAUUUUAAAAUUGAAAGCCAUUGAUGAAGAUGAAUAUGAAAAUGGUAGAAUUAUUUAUAGUUUCAAUUCAUACACAGAUGAUAUGGAUGAGGAGAAAUUUUUCUAUAUUGAUUCGGAUACCGGUGAAAUUAGAAUACGAAAUCGUUUAGAUUAUCGACAAAAGCCACAACAUAUUUUGAAAGUAUUUGCCAAAAAUCCUGAUAAUACUACAUUAGGACAUUUAAAAUCUUCUCAGAUUAUUUCAGAAUUAUCAGUAACACAGAUCAUUGUAAAUGUGAUAGAUGUAAAUGAUCAUUUUCCUCGUGUUCGAGUCCUAUCUCCUACUGGUUCAAAAGAUUUGGAAAUAAUCGAAGAAUCACCACCUGGGCAAGAUAUAGGAAUUGUGGAAGUUUCAGAUGGAGAUACAGGAACUAAUGCUCUUGUUAAUUGUAAAAUAAUUAAUCAAACUAUAUCAGGUGUUCUACGUUUAGUUCCUAUCAACAUUGAAGGUAGUCACCUAGGUUUGACAAGCUCCAAUCAUAAAUAUAAAAUAACAAUGGAAAAGCGAAUAGACAGAGAAGAAAAUGAUGUCAUCGAGUUCACUAUUUUGUGUCAUGAUGGUGGAAUUCCUUCGCUAACUACCACCAUUACACAACGUAUAAAAAUUAUUGAUAUUAAUGAUCAUGAUCCAAUUUGUGAACAGAAUAUUUACAAUAUUGAUAUUAUUGAAGAUUCUGAUCCAGAAAGAAGUAAAUCAAAUUUUGAAAUUAUAACUAUUCAUGCUACUGAUAAAGAUGAAGGUCAAAAUGGUAAAUUACGUUUUAGUCUUGAUCAUGAAACUCCUACCUUUCUUCUAAAUAUUAUCACAAUUGAUUCAAAUUCAGGUACUGUAAGUACUUUAGGAAAUUUAGAUCGUGAAAAAUUAAAUAAAUUCACUAUAACUAUUAUCUGUUCAGAUUAUGGUGAACCAAUAAGAACUAUAAAGAUUUUAAUUCAUGUUAAUGUUUUAGAUUAUAAUGAUAAUCCACCUAUUUAUUCUCAAUCUUAUUUACAAUUUAAUAUUAAUGAAAAUAAUGUAAUUGGACAAUUAAUUGGUACAUUUUAUGUAACCGAUAAAGAUUUAGGUAAAAAUGCUGAAUUAGAUAUUUAUAUUGAAAAGAAUAUUGAACAAUCUAAUAUAUAUUUAACAAUAUUAAAUAAACAUUUAAAUAUUCCAAAUAAUAUUGAACAAUUAAAAUUUAAUUCAAAAAGUGUUUUACAUUCAUCUUAUUUAAAACAAACAAAAUAUAUUGAAUCUUUAUUAAAAUUUCAAUUAAAUUCAUAUCCAUUACAUAGAAAUUAUUAUAAUACCAUGACAACAAAUGAAACAUCAUUAUAUGAAGUUAAAUUAUAUAUAGAAUCUAUAAUAGAUCGUGAAAAUCUUAUUAUAAAACAUACUAAUUAUAUAUCUAAAACUUUAACUACUUAUGAAACAUUUCAAUAUGUGAAUUAUAAUUAUAAUAGAUUAUUAUCAUUAAAUAAUCAUACAAAUUAUUCUAUAUUAACACCAAUGAUAAUAUUGAUUGUACAUGCACAAGAUAAUGGAAUACCGAAAUUAUUUGAAACUAUACAAAUAUGUAUAGAAAUUUUAGAUCAAAAUGAUAAUUCACCAUAUUUUCUAUUUCCAAAUUCAACAAAUUUAAAUAAAACUAAAAUAUUUUUAUCUUAUAAAGAACCAAAAGGAUAUGCAUUUACACAAGUGACUGUCGGAAAUAUCGAUUGAAAAAUACAACAAUAAAAUGUCAAACUCUUCUUACAGAUAAUAAAUAUUCAGGAUAACAAUGCCUGUCAUUAAUGUAACUAAGCUUUUGUUGAAGUCUUUAUUUUUUUAAUGAAAAUUAUAUUCCUUUU